UCGAUACGCCGCUGAAUCCUCGCCUUCCACUUCGCGGGAGGCUCUUAUCGCCAAAACCCUCUCCGGCGAGACGACGCCGGUGGGGAGCUUCGUGGCGGCGGGUUCGAUGAGGCCGUCGCCCAUGGCGGUGCGCGGCGGAUCCACGGCGGCGCUCGCCUUCUUCCGCCUCCGCCCCGGCCCCCUCGGCGGCGCCGUCCGCCCGGACGCCGCUCGCGCGGGCGGCCACUUCUCCGUAUGCGGCGGCUGCUGGGGCCGCCAGGGCCAUAGCCUCGUCGACUCCGUCCUGGAAGAGCUCCGGUCACGAAGGCGAGGCCGGGUUUCGGCAAAGAUAGGACUGCAGGGGACAAAGGAACUGCCUGACAAUAAGAUAGAUAAUAGAACAUUACAGAAAGGGUUGCUUCUUGAAUUUCAGAAAGAUUCUGAGAGGUUUUUGCUUGCAGUUGUUGAAAGGCCCGAUGGAAAGAAAAACUGGAAAGUGACUGACCAGAAUGGUAUAUUGUCUUCUAUAAAACCCCAGCAAGUUACAUAUGUUAUACCUGGUAUCAUCAAUUAUAACCAUUCAAGAAUAGUUGAGUUUAUUGAGAAAGCACAAGAUCUUUUGGACCCUACUGUUUUGGAGUGUGCCUGGAUGGAGCUCUCUGAGAAUGAUAAAUCAGUAACAGUAGAAGAGUUCGCAGAGAUAGUUUAUGGUAGCAAGGAGUCUCUGGAAAGCUAUUGUGCACACUUCUUGUUAUCGAGAGACAUAGUCUAUUUUGUCAAGGUAGAAAGCAGGGAUUCUUCUGUGUACCAACCUCGACCACCUGCUCAGGUGGAGGAACUUUUACGACGGAAACUUGCUAAAGAGGCAGCUGAGAAGGAGUUGGAAGAAUUUGUCCAGUUACUCAAGUCUGCCAAAGCAUUGCCUCUAGAUGCUAAGCCUUCAAAAGAUUCAUGGUUGAUGGAAGAGAAAACCAAGCAAAGAAUUGAGUCACUUCAGGCAUAUGCGGUUGAUGCAUGUGAUGAUGAACAAAGGAGAACGGCGGGAAAUAUUCUCAAGGCUAUGGGCUUUUCAAAGACAUCAUCAGCUGCCUUGAAGAUCCUUAUAAAUGUUGGGUACUUCCCUGUGCAUGUCAAUCUUGAUCUUUACAGGUAUGAUGUUCGCACCGGGUAUACUGAGGAAGUUUUGUCAGCUGCAGAGGAACUUCUGGUAGACUGCCCUGACUCAGACAUGCAUAUUAGGAAGGAUCUCUCAACUUUGAAGGUGUAUGCUAUUGAUGUGGACGAGGCUGAUGAGCUUGAUGAUGCACUAAGUGCUGCUAGAUUACCUGAUGGUAGGAUAAAGGUAUGGAUACAUGUUGCUGACCCAACAAGCUUGGUUCAACCCCGGAGCAUCAUUGAUAGGGAAGCAAUGCACAGAGGAACCUCGAUCUUUUUACCAACUGCUACCUUUCCAAUGUUCCCAGAGAGGCUUGCCAUGAAUGCCAUGAGCUUGCAACAAGGCAAGGGUUGUAAAUCUGUUAGCGUAUCUGUGAUUUUGCAGCCAGAUGGAAGUAUUGCAGAAUAUAGUAUAGAGAAUUCACUCAUCAAACCUACCUACAUGUUAACAUAUGAGAGUGCGACUGAAUUACUGUACAUGAACUUGGAAGAAGAGGAAGAGCUGAGGAUUCUUCAAGAAGCUGCUACUCUUCGUGCACAGUGGCGUCGUAGUCAGGGUUCAAUUGACACUACUAUGAUAGAGCCACGUAUCAAGGUUGCAAAUCCUGAUGAUCCUGAACCAAGCAUUAAUCUAUAUGUUGAAGACCAAUCCAACCCAGCAAUGCGACUUGUAUCUGAGAUGAUGAUACUCUGUGGGGAGGCCGUGUCUGCUUUUGGAUCUGAUAACAACAUUCCUUUGCCAUACAGAGGGCAUCCCCAGUCUAACACAGCUGUGUCAGCAUUUGCUCAUCUUCCUGAAGGGCCUGCCAGGAGCUUUGCCAACAUCAAUGUGCUACGUGCCGCAGAAAUGGAUUUCCAAAAACCUGUGCCACAUGGUGUCCUCGGUAUUCCUGGUUAUGUGCAGUUCACCUCGCCUAUUCGAAGAUAUGUUGAUCUCCUAGCUCAUUAUCAGAUAAAGGCUUUUCUUAGAGGUGAAUCUCCACCAUAUUCAGCCGGUGACCUAGAAGGAAUGACAUUUAUUGCAAGCAUGCAUGUUAAAGUAGCCAGGAGACUCCAUAGCAACAGCUUACGUUACUGGUUGUUGGAAUAUUUGAGGAGACAACCAAAGGGACGGAAGUAUAAAGCACUGAUUCUUAAGUUUAUUAAGGAUCGCUUGGCUACUUUGCUUCUUUUAGAGGUUGGGAUCCAAGCUACAACCGUGGUUUCAACAGGGAAAGUGGGUGAUGAAGUUACUGUCAUUGUGGAAGCAACCCAUCCCCGUGAUGACAUCUUAUCAGUUACAGAGUUUACAGAAGUUUCAGAUGAGUAAAAAUGUGUGCAAUCACCUUUUGAUGCUCACAGCCUCACGAUCUGAACAUAGAAUCUUUGACACUACUACUCCAGAAACUCAAUGCGCCUAUGGAACACAGGUUUGCUAUUUGGUGUUGCCAAGUUGCACCGACCUGUCAUUUCCUAUGUAGUGAAGAUAUGAAGAAAUUGAUUUUGAUGCAAAUGCAAGAGGUGAUGCGUUACCUAUGGCACUUGGAGGUGACAAUCUCCACUCCGGGACUAUCUUCUCCAGCUUAUGCUACUAUAAAGCCCAUUUUGCAUGGAACAAACGGGUUGACUUCAAGGGGUAUGGUCACAUUUUGAAUCUUUUAACAGGUGCAAAGGCCAACAUUCGUUAAUAACUGUAUAGUUGGAUGCAUUUUCUGCUGUUCUGCUGAUUUUUGCUGAUGUUUAUACUUGGUUGGUUUAUGGGCUGACACGAUGAAAGAAUAGUGAUUCCUUUUACUUAUUUAUUUCUGAGUUAGUCUUCCUUUUGGAGUAAAAUGUAAGGCGUCCUUGUUUUCUGCAAACUCAACUUGAUUAAUAAUUGAGCUAACAAUA